CGGAUUUCCCAGCUGACAGACUCACCGGGAUCAGCGGACACUUUACCGGAGUGGCUGAGCGGGUCCAGGACUGAUGUCAGCCUGGGAGGAGACGGGAUCUCACUCCGGUGUCCACAGCAGUAUGAACACUCUCUCCUGAAAGGCAUCUCAGUAUGACAUCAUUAGGCCCCGCCUCCUUAACCGUCGCACUUCUUCAUCAUCAUCAUCAUCAUCAUCAUCAUCAUCAUCAUCACGUUUCACUCUGGAUUGGACAAACUCAUCAGUCCUCACUGCAGCUCCUCCUCCUGUUGUCUCUCUGGCUCUGGAUUGGUGGACCGAUGGUUCAGUUGGGCGCUUCCCAACAGCACGUCCACCCUCACUCCAUAAAGAUACCUGGUGACAUCACUCUGGGGGGGCUGUUUCCCAUCCAUGCCCGUGGUCCCCAUGGUCUGCCGUGUGGAGAGCUGAAGAAGGAGAAGGGGAUCCACCGUAUGGAGGCCAUGUUGUAUGCUCUAGACCAGAUCAACAGCGAUCCUGAGCUGCUCCCAAACAUCACGCUGGGGGCCCGCAUCCUGGACACCUGCUCCAGAGACACCUACGCCCUGGAACAGUCACUCACCUUCGUCCAAGCACUGAUCCAGAAAGACACAUCUGACAUCCGCUGCUCUGACGGAGAGUCGCCCAUCAUCAGGAAACCAGAGAGAGUGGUGGGCGUGAUCGGAGCAUCUGCAAGCUCAGUUUCCAUCAUGGUGGCUAACAUCCUGAGGCUGUUUGAGAUCCCUCAGGUGAGCUAUGCGUCCACAGCUCCAGAGCUCAGUGAUAAUAACCGGUACGACUUUUUCUCUCGGGUGGUUCCUCCGGACUCGUACCAGGCCCAGACCAUGCUGGACAUCGUCAAAGCUCUAGGCUGGAACUAUGUCUCCACACUUGCCUCUGAGGGAAACUACGGGGAGAGUGGCGUUGAAGCUUUCAUGCAGAUUUCUCGAGAGGCCGGUGGGGUGUGUAUCGCUCAGUCAGUGAAGAUUCCUCGCGAGCCAACAGCUGGAGAGUUUGAUAAGAUCAUUAAACGUCUGAUGGAAACAAGUAAUGCCAGAGGUGUGAUCAUCUUCGCCAAUGAGGAUGACAUCAAGCGUGUUCUUGAGGCGGCAAAGCGUGCAAACCUGACAGGUCACUUCCUGUUUGUGGGAUCAGAUAGCUGGGGGGCGAAAAGUUCACCAAUUGCAGAGCUGGAGGACGUUGCUGAGGGCGCAGUCACCAUCCUCCAAAAACGAGCUUCAAUAGACGGCUUUGAUCAGUACUUCAUGUCCCGAUCUCUGGAGAACAACCGCAGGAACAUCUGGUUCAAUGAGUUCUGGGAGGAUGACUUCAGGUGUAAACUGACCCGACCUGGAGUCAAACUAGAUCCUGACAAGAAGAAAUGUACAGGUGAGGAGCGGAUUGGUCAGGACUCGUCGUAUGAGCAGGAGGGGAAGGUUCAGUUUGUCAUCGAUGCAGUUUACGCCGUUGCUUACGCUCUGCACAGCAUGCACCAGGACCUUUGUCCCGGUAGCUCCGGGGUCUGCAGUAACAUGGACCCUGUGGAGGGACGCUCACUCCUUAGCUACAUCAGAGCUGUCAACUUUAAUGGAAGUGCAGGUACGAGUGUUUUGUUCAAUGAGAAUGGAGACGCUCCCGGUCGUUAUGACAUCUUCCAGUUCCAAAUGACCAAUCACAGCCUUCCUGGUUACCGUGUUAUUGGCCAGUGGACCAAUAACCUAAGACUCAACGUGGAGGAGAUGCAGUGGUCUGGAGGACUCCAGUCAGUUCCAGACUCCAUCUGUAGUUUUCCUUGUCGACCUGGAGAGAGGAAGAAGAUGGUGAAGGGUGUACCCUGCUGCUGGCACUGUGAGCUCUGUGAUGGGUAUCAGUACCAGCUGGAUGAAUUUACCUGUGAGACCUGUCCGUCAGACAUGCGUCCCAACCCCAACAGAACUUCCUGUCGUCCAACUCCGAUCAUCAAACUUGAGUGGAACUCCCCCUGGGCACUAGUGCCAGCUUCUAUUGCCCUGCUAGGUAUCCUAGCAACCAGCGCUGUGGUGAUCACCUUUAUCCGCUUUAAUGACACGCCCAUUGUCAGGGCAUCAGGGAGGGAGCUCAGCUAUGUACUACUGACAGGUAUCUUCCUGAUCUACUUGAUCACCUUCCUGAUGAUUGCAGAGCCAAGCGUGUUGGCUUGUGCAUUUCGGCGCCUUCUGCUGGGCCUCGGUAUGGCCAUCACUUACUCUGCCAUGUUGACCAAAACAAACCGCAUCUAUCGCAUCUUUGAACAAGGCAAGAGGUCGGUGACCCCGCCAAAAUUCAUCAGCCCUGCUUCCCAGCUCAUCAUCACCUUUGUUCUCAUCUCCGUCCAGGUCCUCGGUGUGUUUGUGUGGUUCGCUGUCAUCCCUCCGCACACCAUCAUCGAUUAUGAGGAGCUCCGCCCCCCGAACCCUGACCUGGCCCGAGGCAUCCUGAAGUGUGAUAUGUCUGACCUCUCAAUCAUCUGCUGCCUCAGCUACAGUAUCAUCCUCAUGGUAACGUGUACAGUGUAUGCAGUGAAGAGUCGUGGUGUCCCAGAAACGUUUAACGAAGCGAAGCCAAUUGGUUUUACCAUGUACACUACCUGCAUCAUCUGGCUCGCCUUCAUACCAAUCUUCUUUGGUACUGCCCAGUCCACUGAGAAGAUGUUUAUCCAGACAGCCACUCUGACCAUCUCCAUGUCUCUCAGUGCAUUCGUCUCUCUUGGGAUGCUCUACAUGCCAAAAGUUUAUGUCAUCAUUUUCCACCCUGAACAAAACGUCCAGAAGAGGAAGAGAAGCUUCAAGGCUACCAGAGUGUCUCAAAAAUCGUUAGAUGAGAAGCAGAAUGGAGAGACAAAGAUUGUACCUGACAGAUCGCAGUAAUAUCGCAGUAUUACUACAAAUGACAGGUAGCUGCUAACCAAUCCCUGUCCAGAGCCUGAUGACAUCAUCAUCAUGAAGAUGACCCAUUAUUCAUUUAUCAAUCUCACACUUCCUGUUUGACUCAUUUCACAAUAAAACCAGAGGAUGUUUCAUUUUGAUCCAAACUGGUCCAACAGUCCAGUUUGCUGGACAGGAAAUUCACCUAAACGACUCACCUGAAAGACUCACCUCAAGGACUUGCUUGGGUAACCCUAACCCUACAUUACUCAUAAAUAAAAACAUUUAAAGAAAGUGAUGAAGUCCAGACCUCAGUCUCCUCAGUAAGUGGAGACAACUUUGACCCUUCUUGUACACUCACCAUGUCCUUCGUCUUCCUCCUGAAGUUGACCACCACCUCCUUCAUCUUCCUCCUGAAGUUGACCACCAUCUCCUUCAUCAAUCUCCUGAAGUCACUCACCAUCUCCUCCAUAGUCCUCCUGAAGUCACUCAGCAUCUCCUACGUCUUGCUGGCCUUGAUUGGUUGCUGGAAGUUGGUUGAGAUCUCACCACAUCUUGAUGAAGUCUGUGAUGACCCCCUGUACUCCUUCUCAUUUCCUUCUGAUACACGUUCAACAAUAGCUCUAUCAUUAGAGAAUUUCUGGAGGUGACAGCUGUCAGUGUCUCAAGUAUGAUGUGAGAGUCUGUUGGUGAGGUACACGUCAGGUGAGAAGUCAAGGCGACAGGUCUGAAGUUGUCACGUUUUUUACACAUUAGCAUGUAUGUUGCUAAAUUGUUGCUAGGGUGUCGUCAGCGGCUGAGUUAUGUUGUUACUUUCUGUGGACUGCUGAGGCAAUGAGUGACAACAGAGCAGUUUGUUUUUGGGUCUUACCUGUCUGUCACCUGUUACACCUGCUGACUUGUGACCACCUGAUCCAUCAUUAAUAUCAUCCAUUAAUAAUCAACAGUAACUUCAUGAUGAUCUGCAGGACACUGGAUGUCUGUCACAGUUACAGAAGCUUUGACCGUCACACUGAAUGUCACAUUUAUGUUUUACAUUCAUUUCAAUGGUCAGGACAACUUAUUAACGUUUGACAAUGUUUACCAAACAGCUGUGUAA